CCGGUUCUGCCGGCCCUCGGAUCUAGCUCAGAACCAUCUCAUCGAAUACUUUUUCUCGAAAGCACGUUGAGUGUUGCAAACGAAAAUGAGACAAAAGCGUGCCAAGUCCUACAAGAAACAAAUCAAUCUAUAUUUACAUGCAUUUAAGUUCAGGGAGCCUUUCCAAACAAUCAUCGAUGACGAAAUAAUACUCAAUUGUGUGAAGGCAUCGUUUAACUUGGUGAAGGGCCUUGAUCGGACUAUCCAGGCAGACACUAAGCCCAUGAUUACACAAUGUUGCAUGCAAGCUCUAUACCAAAGCAACGACCAGAUCGCCAUAGAUUUGGCCAAAUCUUUUGAAAGAAGAAGAUGCAACCACUCGAUAAAGGAACCCAAGCCUCCGGCUGAUUGCAUAAGGUCCAUUGUAGAUGUCGAUGGCAAGAAUAAACACAGAUAUAUCGUGGCCAGCCAGUCCACGAGCUUGAGGAGAAAACUCCGCGGUGUUCCUGGAGUGCCUCUUGUUUUCAUGAAUAGGUCCGUUAUGGUGAUGGAGCCGGCUUCUGAUGCUACAAAGCGCGCCGCGGAGUUGUGUGAAAAUGCUAAGUUGAAGGCUGGCUUGAACGACUCCAAGGUUGGAUACAUUGAGAAAGAUAAACCUAAAGAGAUUACGGAGGAAAAACCAACGCGGAAGAGGAAGGAACCAAGCGAGCCAAACCCCUUGAGUGUCAAAAAGAAGAAGGCUGAUCGCAAAGAGGACACGCACCCAGAUCAGCCAAAGAAAAAGAGAGCCAGACGACACAAGAGAGCGAGCGAGCAAAAUGAGGAUGCAAUCGCUGAGAAAGCUGAAAGUGAAAAGGCUCCGGAAGCUAAGAGCUCAGGUGAAGACAACGAAUAGUCAUUGAGGUAUAAAGCACGCGUUCUCAGAACAUAUUCGUAAUUUUCUGAAUAAUUCGUAAUUUUCUGAAUAUAUAAUAAAUACGUGUCACGACCAAUUAGCG